AUGGACGACAUGUUAGCAUACACGUUGGACGAGCCGUAUGCGACGGCGGCGAACAAAGGAUAUCGAGUCCGGAGGCGGGCGGAAGAUGUCGAAUCCGCAAGGCGGCGGACGAAGGAUGUCGAGUUUAAAGGGCGGCAGGCUAAGGAUAUCGAGUUCGGAGGCAGGCGGAAAAUGUCGAGUCCGCAAAGCGGCGGACGAAAGAUGUCGAGUUCAAAGGGCGGCAGGCUGAGGAUAUCGAGUUCGGAGGCAGGCGGAGGAUGUCGAGUCCGGAAGCAAGCGGAGGAUAUCGAGUUUAGAAGGCGGCGAGCUGAUGUCGGGCGGCGGACAAAAGAUAUCGAGUCCGAAAGCAGGCGGAAGAUAUCGAGUCCGCAAGGCGGCGGAGGGAAGAUGUCGCGUUUGAAGGGCGGCCAAUUAAGGAUGUCGAGUCCGCAGGGCGACAAGCUGAGGAUAUCGAAUCCGGAGGCAGGCGGAAGAUGUCGAGUCCAUAAGAGCGGCGGACGGAAGAUAUCGCGCCUAGAGGGCGGCGGACAAAGGAUGUUUAGUCCGGAGGGCGGCGGGCGGCGAGCGGAGGAUGUCGGGUCCACAAGGCGGCGAGUUAAGGAUAUCGGGUCCGCAGGCCGGCAAGCUAAGGAUGUCGCGUUUAAUAAGCGGCGGAUAGAGGAUAUCGCGUUUAAAGGACGGCGGACAAAGGAUAUCGCGUUUGGAAGGCGGCGACAAAGGAUGUCGGUGCGAAGGCGGACGGAAGAUAUCGAGUCUGCAGAACGGCAAGCUGAAGAUAUCGAGUGCGAAGGGCGGCGGGCGAAAGAUAUCGCGUCCGCAAAGCAGCAAUCUCGAAAUAUAAUCACGAAAGAAAAGAAGUUCAACGUUCAAACACUCGAAAGAUGCCCAGUCAUCUACGACGCCCGAUAUACUAUUCUUACAAUCAUCAUCACUACUAUCACCACCACCACCAUUACCAUCACCAUCAUCACCACCAUCCCACCACCACCACUACCACUACAAUCAAUAUUUAAAGACUCAAUAUCGCGACGCUAUCAAUCAAUAACAAUGCAGCCGAGAUACAUCGCGUCGCUAAAGCAAUCAAUAAUUAUUCUCACAACCAUCACCACCAUCCCACCACCACAAUCAACAUCGCCGGAAACAGCCAAUUGCCAAAUGCAGCGAAAAGAUCGACUCGCCCAUCGCACAAAGCGACCCGUCGCCGCAAUCAUGCUCCCCUCUCAAAUAUACAUCUUCCUUCUAUUUUGCUCCAUCUCUCUCUUCACGAGAACCGUAUCGUCUCAACAAGCAACACAUCACUAUGCCAACACCCCUUUCCCUCGCCCUCCCGCCAACUACCACCUCCCGCCCGUCUCGAUCCACACAUUCGCCCUUGAUUUCGAAACCCUCGUAUCGACGUAUCUCGACACCUUUAAUACCACGCUCCAGCAAUGUCGCGCCGCCCCGUACAUCUUUCACGACGGCGGUACCAUCUUCGCGCACCUCCUCCCGUUCUACAACUCUUUCUCUCCUCCAUUCCUCGAGCUCUUGACAUCCGCUUUCCGCAGCAUCAAUAGCAAUAUCAGCUCCAUCGCGUACAACGCCAGCACUAUCCAAACCGCCCACCUGUCCGCCCUCGCUUCCCUCGUCGACAUGCUCACCGAAGCGGAAAACUCCCUCUCCCAACUCGCCGACGCCACGGACGCCCGCUCCCCCGCGAGCUACCAAUGGUUUACCAAAGCCUUCAAGCCGGUGCCCUCCCCGACCGGCAUCUUCCUCCGUCUCGCCGCCCGCCUCCCAGCGAGCAUCGACCUUGCGAUCCGCGGCAUCUCGCCCCAGACGCUUGCGCACUUCGCGACCAUCGAAGACCUGCUCUCCGAAAUCGGCCUCCGCCAGCACUUCUCGCCCCGAGCGCUCCCGCGGAAGCCAGACGUCGACAAACAAGUGCAAGUCGAUUUCCACCUCUUCCCGCUCUCGCGCGUCUCGCGCCUCAACGCCACCGCCGCAGAACAGCUCGCUGCGAUGAACGAGGAAGAGAAACGGGCCGUCCUGCACGAGUUGAGACAGAGCGUGAAGUGGGAGCGCUUCAACGACGGCAAGCCUAUCACAUCGCCACCGCCAGCGCUAUCGCCACCAUCAUUACCAGCGCUCGUGGCCGCUCUCUUCCGAUUCUUCAACCCCUUCGCUUGGCUGCCGUCGACUAGCACUGCAUCCGACCCUCACACAGCAGAGCCCCCGUCGAGACCCCAGCCGACCAGAACCCCGUACAUGAUCUCCGCCCUCAACAAGUCCUUCGCCCGCCUCACCGUCGUUCUCAUGCAAGGCGUCGCGCUCCGCACUGCUAAAAGCGACUUGCAGGAUCUCCGGCACGCAGCGGUCAUGCUCACUCACACGUUCUCCCAGUGUCGGUCUCCUCCUUCCUCGUCCAAUCCAGACAUCGGAUCCGGAGACGGAGAAAAGAGUGGUGGUAGUGGGGGAAAGCAGCAGCAGCAGCAAACAAAGGAUCUGGAAGCGGCGCUUGCGAAAGAGCUGUUGGCUUUGCAGGUUGGGAUCUUGGGGAGGUUGAGGGGGAGGGCGGAGGGGAUGAAGGGGGAGAUGGAGAGGAAGGGGUAUGAGGAUGGGAAUGGGAAUAAGGAUGAGGAAAAGAAGGUUGUUGCGCAAAUACGAGAUUGA